AACGCCAGCCUCUUCCAUUGCUCUUUCCCUAGCAAUGGCACUCUUCUGCCUCCCCGAUCUGCCUGAGAGCCUCCUGCACGCGGCGGACUUAUUCUCAUCUGCCUCAGCUCGCCGUCCUCCUGCUGUCGCACAGCGGCGCGACUACCACGACACCGCUCGCUUCCCUCCUGCCGACCUCCUCUCCUCCCAGUUCUCUGUAGUGCGCGUCCUCCACGCCGACCUCGCGUGUGCGCCGCCUGCCCCUUCACACCAACGCCGCCACCUUGCCGCCGUCCUGGCGAGCCUCCAGACAGCUGCCGCUGGCCUCUCCAUUCUCCGUCGCGCCUGUCUACCCUCCGCCUCCCCUUGCUUCCGUGACGUGGCCUCCAAUAUUGCAAAGGUCUCUGCUCCAAAUGUCUGCUGAUCAUCUUCUUCAAUGAGCCAAAAUCAAUCGCUUGGUGCAGUUCCAGUUUGUGCUUACUAUACAAUACUAAUUUCUAAGAGGCUACAUCUCAAGGAGGGUGUAGGGGCAUACAGGUGAGUUGAGAAGCGCGCACAGACAGAGCAAACAACCCAGACUGAAAAAGGGGAGAAUUUGCGACGGCAGCGAUGGCGGAGCACGAGCAGGUGAGGGCGGCGCCUUCGUCGGACGGCUAGCCGCGGCGGAGGAGAAGGCGGACGCCAUGGGUGCGGCUACAGACGAGGCAGAGGAGAAGGCGGACGCCGUGGGCUUGCUGCACGGCUACAGCCGAGGCGGAGGAGAAGGCGGACGCCGUGGGCGUUCAUGGAGGAUGGUACGCCGGCCGCGUCAAGUCCCCUGCCCCCGGCCGCCGGCGCCUGUUCUCGGCCUCCAUCGCCCGGAGGCGUGCCCCUGCUGUCGGCCUUCGCGUCUGCUUCGUCUGCAUCACGCCAGCGCCGCCCUCGUCGUCGCGGCGUUCUUCUGCUUCCGGCGUCGCCCCGUCGCCCAUGCGCCGAGUUCUGCUGCGGCCUCUGUUCUUCCGCAACGAGUAGCAGCAGGUCGUCUGCGGUUGCGGCAGCGGUGUAGGCGAGCGAGGCAGAGGAGCGGUCAACACCGGCGUCGAGGGCAAGGUAGGCCGGGCGCAGUGUCCUCCGGCGUGUGGUGGCGCAUUUGUACGGCGCAGGAGGCUGGGCGCGUCGAUUCGGGUGAGGGGAGUGGGGUCCAGAUCUGGUCGAGGACGGGGCAACCGGCGGCGGCGGCGUGGCUGACGCUGGACGGAGAGAGAGGCAGAGCAAGGCACGCCGAAUCGCUGGAUGGCGCACCUCCCCUAGCCUCCUUCCUCUCCCGGUCGUUGGGGAAGCAGGACGGCCACCUCUGCUGGAUGCCCUUCCCUGGUCGACGACGAGCGAUGCGGGCUGACACGGUGGCGCCCUUCCGUUGUGGAGUACCGUACUAGGACGACGGCGUUAAGGUCAACGCCCUGCUCGACGCCCCCAUCUGCUGCUCGAUGCGCCCAUCCCCUCGCUGGUUGAGCUCAACGCCACCUUGCUCUGCCUCCGGCAGUCAUUUCAUCCAAUCUGGCUGGUCCGCUCCCCACCUCGGCGGCUCCUUCAGUCCGGCAGCACACCACGCUCAAGCCUCCACCACCCCAACUCCUCAAGUUACAGUAGACAAGGAGCUCCGCUCUACCUCUCAUCUCUCUCCCUGUCCUGGUGGUCACGGGCUGAUGUUGCUGCUCCUCUCCUUCAGGAUCUAUCUCUUUCUCUUUGUCUCUCACCCUCUCAUGGAUUGACAACUGCAUUCUUCCCAAAUUAAUGUGUGCCUCUGUUCUUGAUAUUACGCCCACACCAUGUUUGAUGUUAUGCUUAUGAGGAGUUGUACUUCAUUUUUUUUCAGGCUUUUCUUUGGUGUACCAGGCAUUCAGGCUGGUGUAAUUUGUUUUCAGAAGUGAACAUGUUGUACAGUCCAAUGUAUCUACAAAAAUUAAGUUAUGAACUACAGAACUAUUAGCAGCUUUUAAUUAUGUGUACUUAAAAUGGAUUUGGUGUCCAGGACAUCUGGAGUUGAGAUCAGAUGCUCAAAUACGCAGAGUAAUGACAUCCUGUAUGCGCUUGGACACCCAGCAGAUUGAAAAUAUAGAAGCAAAGAUAUCCAAUACGAGGCCACGAUGCCCGACAGAGAUGCAGCCAAUACGCGCCCAAUCUUUAUUUCUUGAUGUUGGAACAACAAAUAAGAGCAUGUUCAUGUUUACUUAUUAUGGUUUUUUUUCGAGAAAUUUUGGGGAUUUACAAGCUGAAAUUAUUGACUGUCUGAAAAAAUGUUUUAACCAAAACUGUUUGAACAAUGUGCCCUGGUUCUGCAUUCAUGGAACUGUAAAAAAAUUGAACAAGUUCAGUCGGAGUUUUGUUCCUGUUAAUAUUCCAUUCUUAGUGUCAGUUUCUUUCCACUUGCUCAUCUUUUAAUGUUGAACUAUACAUGUACUUAUUAUUAAAGUUUUGUUGUCUUCCUAAACUAAUUAGAUUUUUUAAGCACUACUGAACUAAUUGGAUGCCAUCUUAAAUUACCUUCCCUUUGACAUUAUUGUACAGAUUCCUGAAACACUGUCCAGAAUUCCACUGCUACAGAAUUGAAAUUCGAUUAGCACAUGAACGAGGACGGAUCCAAGGUUGAGUACUGGGUGUGGAACCCCUUCAGAUCCAAGUUGGCUGCUGUUGUACUCUGUGGUGUGGACAACAUCUGGAUUAUCAUUGCAGGUUUUGGAAGUGCUCUGAGAGGAAUACCAAAAGGAUUUUGUCCUCGUUUUUACAAUAUCCAAGCAUCAAUAUGUAAUGGACUUGUUCAUAGGAGGAAAAUUCCUCUUCCGUUGAGAUGGUCUUUUCGCUCUAUUCAAGCAAGAAAUAAUCACUCACCAUCAGCUGUUGCACCUAAAGAUUAUUGUGAAACUUACAUCCAAUUUUUGAGAGACAAACGGAUAGUUCCUGAUUCAGAUCCUCCAAGCUCUAAGGAUGUGGACCUACUGUACCGGUUUAUAGAUAAGAGUAACAAGCUCAUGGUAUUAACUGGAGCUGGAAUGAGCACCGAGUCAGGAAUUCCUGAUUAUCGGAGUCCUAAUGGAGCAUACAGUUCUGGUUUCAAACCACUCACUCAUCAGGAGUUUGUUCGCUCUAUUCGAGCCCGACGGCGCUACUGGGCUAGGAGUUAUGCUGGAUGGAGAAGGUUCAGGCGAGCACAACCAAAUACAGCUCACUAUGCUCUUGCUUCACUAGAAAGAAUCGGCCGUGUUCACACGAUGGUUACCCAGAAUGUGGAUAGAUUGCAUCAUCGUGCUGGUAGUAAGCCAAUUGAGUUGCAUGGAAGUGUAUAUGAGGUAAUUUGCUUAGAUUGUGGAACAUCCAUCAGCCGGGAGUCAUUCCAAGAACAAGUGAAGGACCUCAACCCAAAGUGGGCUCUAGCUAUUGACAGUUUGGAAGAGGGACAACCUGGCUCGAGCAGAAGUUUUGGUAUGCAGCAGCGACCUGAUGGUGAUAUUGAGAUUGAUGAGAAGUUCUGGGAGCAAGAUUUUGACAUUCCUGGUUGCAGUCAGUGUGGUGGAGUGCUAAAACCUGAUGUUGUGAUGUUUGGUGAUAAUGUUCCAAUAGAGAGAGCUGAUAGCGCUAAGGAGGCUGCAAGAAACUGUGAUGCUCUUCUGGUGGUUGGUUCAGCGGUAAUGACGAUGUCUGCUUUUAGGCUGGCAAGGCUUGCACAUGAAGCAAAUGCUCCAAUCGCCGCGAUUAACAUUGGGGGCACGAGAGCUGAUAGCAUUAUAUCUUUGAAAAUCAAUGCGAGAUGUGGGGAGAUACUUCCCAGAGUACUUCGGAUGGGAAGUCUAGCUGUACCAAGCAUAAGCUGAACAUUUACAGUGUUUGGAGAAAUCAGUUACGAGGGAAGAUGGGUGAGACAUAUAUAAGUACCUGUAGAUCAUUCUGUAAACAGGUCAGAACUUUAUAUGACCUUCCGGUUUGUGUUAGAGCAUUAUCAUGGUUGUUCUAAGUGUAAAAUCAUUUUUUGUGAUGACUCAUUAGUUAUGUAUCCAGGAAAAGUAGACCCAAGUUGAUCAUCUAUAUAGUUCCUGGUUUUUUGGACGA